UCCAUAGCUAAGGUUAUGCAUUAGUUAAUCAUUGGCAUUUAUUUAUAAAUCCGGCAGAGCCCAAAAAACCAAAAAAGAAAGAAGAGAGACAAAUAACAAUAAACAAACACGAAGUUUGUUCUUCGAUCCGUUGAAGUUCGAAAAGGGUCUGAUGAAAGAGGCCCCAACUGCACCUACGUUGUUGCCUGUUGGGACCACACACAGAUCUAUCCCCUAAACUGCCACUGAAUCGUAUUCAAUCUCGAUUGCCCCUAUCUUGUGCCUUAAGGUAUUCAAAUGCCACAUUCUUUCAUUUCCCUGAUGUGGGUGUUGCCGUUUCGCUUUCUUCACUGCCAAAUCUCAGUGUCAUCGUUCCUUCCUCUUUGUUGCAAAGUCAAUUUUUGCACCCCAACUUCCACCUAACAAUUAUUACACAACUUCAUCAAGCUCACAUGCUUUGCUUUCAGUCCAAUGUUUCACUGCAUUGUGCAUGUGCGUGAGGCUUUGACCAGUGGCUCCUGAGAAUGGCUGAUGUGGCAGGUCUAGUUGAGGCAGCAGGAUCAAGAUUCAGUUCAGUGGAGCUUAUUGGGCAGGGAUCAUUUGGAGAUGUCUACAAAGCGUUUGACAGGGAGCUCAACAAAGAAGUCGCCAUCAAAGUUAUUGAUUUAGAAGAAUCAGAGGAUGAGAUUGACGAUAUUCAGAAGGAAAUUGCUGUUCUCUCACAAUGUCGAUGUCCAUACAUUACUGAGUAUUAUGGUUCCUAUCUGAAUCACACUAAACUUUGGAUAAUAAUGGAAUACAUGGCUGGCGGCUCUGUUGCUGAUCUAGUAGCUCCAAUCAGGUCCUCCCCUUGAUGAAAUGUCCAUUGCUUGCAUUCUACGUGACUUGCUGCAUGCUAUUGAUUAUCUACAUAGUGAAGGAAAAAUUCAUAGAGAUAUUAAAGCCGCAAACAUUUUAUUGUCUGAAAAUGGUGAUGUGAAGGUUGCAGAUUUUGGUGUUUCUGCACAAUUAACAAGGACUAUAUCAAGGAGAAAGACAUUUGUAGGAACACCAUUCUGGAUGGCACCUGAGGUUAUUCAGCAGAAUGCAGAUGGAUAUAAUGAGAAGGCAGAUAUCUGGUCUCUGGGGAUCACUGCAAUUGAAAUGGCAAAGGGGGAGCCUCCUCUUGCUGAUCUUCACCCCAUGAGAGUGCUUUUCAUCAUACCCCGGGAGAAUCCUCCACAGCUAGAUGACCAUUUUUCUCGUCCAAUGAAAGAAUUUGUUUCAUUGUGUUUAAAGAAGGUUCCUGCUGAGAGGCCAAGUGCUAAGGAACUUCUCAAAGACCGUUUUAUUCGGAAUGCUAAGAAGAGUCUGAAGCUUUCAGAAAGAAUAAGGGAGCGUCCAAAGUACCAAAUAAAAGAAGAUCCAGGGACCCCUAGAAAUGGCCCAAGAGGGAUGGGGGAGGGAUCAGAUACUGUAAAGGUGACAAGAGAUUUAAGAGGUGAAGAAACUACUCGACCCAGUGGUCAGGGUAUAACCCUGAAAAGUGCUGGAUGGGACUUCAGCAUUGGUGCAUCACAGGGUACUGGAACCUUUCGUAGUGCUUCUCGACCACCUCAGUUUAGAGAUAAGAAAACUGAAGUUUCACAUAAUCAACUUAGCCAAAGAAAAGCUCCAGAGAGUGGCUAUCAAGGGGGGUCUGCCAAUAGGAGUGCACUUAAUGAGCCACUUGAAACUUCUUCUGGAAAAGAUCUUAGAGUUCCCCACCGUGAUGAGCAUUUGGAUAAUGACCUUGAAGAUGAUGAAUUGUCUGGGAAUGGAUCGGGAACUGUUGUUGUUCGAUCUCCAAAAGGAUCAAGGCCAUCAAUGUUUCGUGACCAGAACUCUCAGUCUGACAGCAGCUAUGCUUCCUUUGAAGAUGCUUCUACCAGUGGAACUGUUGUUUUUCGUAGUCGGCAUGAUAAUUCUGAUUCUUCACAGACACCAAGGUCUCGACAGGGACUUCAUGACAGAAAUUCAAAUGCCUCACUGGAAGAUAGUGCAUCAAAUCUUGCUGAGGCAAAGGCUGCAAUCCAAAGAGGGCAAAAGAAAGUGAAUGCUCGAGAGAGACAUGCCCCAGGUAAAGUCAACAAUGAUAUACGGGAAAGCAAGAGAGACCAAUCGACUGGCAGUUCUGAUUCUUCAAGAGCACUUCGUGAAUAUGAUGCACAAAAGGGCAUGUUAAGAUCACAUUACGCUAGUAACAAUGCAGAACGUGCUAAAAUAAUGUCAUCAUCAGUGCCAUUAUCAGUUUUGCUUAUUCCUUCAUUAAAAGAGGUUAUUGCUGAUGAUCCAGAAGGGUCAAUCGUGGGGGCAGUUAUCAAUUCUUUCAUAAACAUGGAGGGUGCAAAGCCUAAAUCCUGUGAUGUUCUUGUCAAAAAGUUGCUUCAGCAUUUGGCAAGUUCAAAGGAAGAUUCAUUGAAGGACCUGCAGGGCUUUGCAUGCCAACUAUUCAGCAAGACCAAGUCAGCUGAAGAAACCCGAAAUGCUGAGGCCGAUAACCGGAAGAGACAACAAAACAAGGAACAUCAUUCAAAUAGCAAUUUAAGCCCACUUGCAAGAUUUCUUCUCUCAAGAUGGCAAGGCCAAACCUCAAGGGAUCUAAACCCAUCUUGAGUAACAAGUUACCAUUCUUGUGUGUUGUCUUUAUUUACGCAUUUAUUUCUAUUAAUUGUACAUAUAUCAUUGUAAGAAGUUGUUUUUCUAUGUUCUAUUAAUAUUAUUAUCAAUUAAUUUAUUUUUCUUUUUAACUUUUUUGGCUCAUAGUGACAGUGACAGCAGUGCUAUAUAAAUAGAGGGUUUUCUCAGUUACAUGCAAAUUGUAACAGACUUCAUUGAUUCGUAUUUUCGAAUAGUAAAGUAUCUU